AUGCCGCCUUCAAUCGACGCCUACACGCCCGCCGAGGUCACCGAGUUCGUCUCGCGCGCCGGCUCCGUCAAGGGCCAUAUGCGCCUGGACAAGGUCUUCUUCAGCUCCGUCUCCGCAGGUGGUUUGCUUGCUCUUGCGUGCGGCACAGUCCUCAGCACAAAUGCCAGUCCGUGGUUCAGCGAGAAUGCGCCGGGGUUGAUCCGUACGAUUAGUGCGCUCGUCUUCCCGUAUGGGUUGGCCCUGAUUAUCCUUACCGGCGCGGAUCUGUGCACGGGGUCGUUUAUGUUUACGACCGUCGCUGCCCUCCACCGCCGACUCUCCUGGCCGAAGAUGCUCCUCCACUGGUUCGUUACAUUCUGGGGGAACCUUUGCGGCUCGCUAUUCGUUGUCUCUAUCAUCUUCGGCUACGGCGAAGUCUUCUCCGCCGACCCCUUCCGCAGCGCCGUGAUAACAUUCGCGACAAAGAAACAAGUGACGCCCGAGUUCCACAGCAUAUUCCUGCGCGGGAUCGGAUGCAACUGGCUCGUGUGCCUAGCAUGCUUCCUAGCACUGCAGGGCCGCGACAUGGCGUCCAAGAUCAUCGGCAUCUGGCUCCCGAUCUACGCGUUCGUGUCUCUGGGCUUCGACCACGUCGUCGCGAAUAUGACGUUCAUCCCGUUGGCCAUCUGGCUCGACGCGCCGGGGAUCAGCGUGGGGCUGUAUAUCUGGAAAGGGAUUAUCCCGACGCUGCUGGGGAAUAUUGUGGGCGGUGGUCUGUUCGUCGGGACGUACUAUUGGUACAUGUACCUGCUUCAGACGAACCCGGUUACGUUGACGGGGCUGAGGAGGAAGGCUGAUGGUGGGAGUGAGGGGACGGUUACGCCGAGGAUGGAGGAUGUUGAGGCGAAUGCGGGUGUGGUUCAGGGGGGUGAGGGGGGGAAGAUUGGUGGUUGA